CUAUGCUGGCACCUGAUUGGUCGAGCCUCCCAGUCUCUGACGUCAGGCAGCCUCUCUUGUGGAUGAGACCGCGCGCAAGAGCAUCCAUUCUGCCUCCCAUGAGCGCUCCGAAAAGAUUGAAGAAGAAGAGAUGCGAGAAACGGCAAGUGAGAGUUUGGCGCAACUUUGAUGAAGACAGAAGCAGCACGGAGCGUUGUCAAACACUGGGACUGUCCUCUUUAAUUAAACUGGUACCCAGCAUCAGUGCAGACACCAUCACCACAUCUCCAUCCUUUGGAUCUUACAAGAGGAGAGAGCACAUCUGUUUCCCGGAAAGGAAAUCGCGGUUUAUAAGGUUGUGUUUGUGUGCCUGCUGAUCAGCCAUGAGCCUCAACGCCUCAGAGCUGGGCUGGGAUGAGUCCUCAGGUGCAGACCCCUUCUUCCCUCUGGACCAACUGGAUAGCACAUCUCCAUAUCAAGUCCCGCCCCUCACAGUGUGGGGUGUCGCCCUGUGUGUUUCAGGAACUCUGAUUGCCACUGAAAAUGCAAUAGUUGUCACCACCAUCUUGGCCACCCCAUCUCUUCGUGCCCCUGUUUUCCUGCUGCUGGCUAGCCUCGGAAUGGCCGAUCUCUUGGCAGGUGUUGCUUUGGUCCUGCACUUCCUCUUUCUCUUCUGUGUGGAGCCAAGUGAUUGGUCAGAAUUGUUAACCUCAGGACUGUUGGUAACAUCCCUGAUUGCCUCACUCUGUAGCCUGAUGGGUGUUGCUUUGGACAGAUACCUGUCUUUAAGCCACGCCCUCACCUAUGGUUCAAGCCAAUCACGACACAGAGCCGCCAUCCUCCUGCUGCUGGUCUGGUUGGGUGCAUGUAUCAUUGGGGCCGGACCUGCAAUGGGAUGGCACUGUCUGGGAGAGCCAAAUUCCUGUUCUGUAGCACGACCUCUGACCCGGACAUACCUAUCUCUGCUGUGUGGUGGCUUCCUCGUGGUUGUUAUGGUAACCCUGCAGUUGUAUGCUGGGAUCUGCCGUGUGGCAAGGAGGCAUGCACAUGCCAUCGCUACCCAGAGGCAUUUUCUCCCUGCCAACCAAUCAUAUGCAAGCAAGCACAGCAGCGGUAGGGGCUUCUCUCGCCUGAUCCUGGUGCUCAGUGUGUUUGUGGGCUGCUGGAUGCCUUUUUCCCUCUGGGGACUGCUGGGAGACGCGUCCAGCCCUCCUCUGUACACCUAUGCCACCCUGGUGCCAGCAGCAGGCAGCUCACUGCUGAACCCAAUACUCUACAGUCUGAGAAACAAAGACAUUCGCAAGGUGCUGCUCCAGGCCUGCUGCCCACACAGAUACACACAGAACACACACACACACUACCCUGUCGACGUGUAGACUGCCAAACUUCGCCAGACUCAAACCACCACAAAACCUAUGCC